AUAACUGUUGCGCAUGCGUACGUUGUUCGCAGAGCGGGGGAAGGAAUUUAGGACCUGACGGGCGCACUGGAGUGCUUCUUUUCUGGACCAAGAGGAAAGAAGUGCCGGAAAACCGGGAGAGGAGCCAGAUGUUCCUGGAUGAGACGGAGCGCUGUCAGAUCCCCAUCCGAACCCUGGCACAGGUGCGAGUUUCUGCGGGAUGGGAACAUGCGGGGUUUCAGCGGGAAGAAGCGCCCGGAGUAUCCACGGGGGGUGACAGUUUAUCAGAGACGCAGCUAAGUGUGAAAGUGCUGCAGGAAAACUAAUUGAAUGCAGAAAUAUAGGAUCGGUGUUUAAAGAUUUUUGUACCCCCAGUUCCAUUUCCCUCUCACAGAGAGGCCUGUUGUGGCCGUUCUUUAAUGUGAGUGGGUGGGGGCAAUCAUAGUGUUCAAUGGGGAGCUGCAGGAUCAGGAGGGGGAGUCAUAGAGGCCUCUGCUACCAUAGCAUCAACCAGAGGAUAGCUUAGCUCAGCUCAGCUCAGCUCAGGUCCUUCUUCCCUGCGACCCCCUCCCUCUGCACCCCACACUGCACCUUUCUUCCCCCACUCCUGACUAAAGGGCAGCCAUGGCUUCAGUGCGCUUCACUGUGACACCCACCAAGACGGAGGACCUCCCGGGGCUGUCGGACACGUCGCCUGAUGUCAGCUCCCGCUCGGGGGCUCGCGUGCGCUUCGGCUCCAGGGAGAGCGUCAACAGAAGUGACCUGCAGAGCGAGGCGUCGGGGGGCGCCGCCACAGGAGGAGGAGGGGCCGACACACCUGAGCGCAGCAGCAUAGAGCAAGGCGAUGGACACUCCAAGAUCUCCAAUGUUUACAUCAACAACACACACUGCAUGGACGACGACGACUUCUACGACAGAAAUCUGGCCCUGUUUGAGGAGGAGAUGGACACCCGGCCCAAAGUUUCUUCUCUGCUCAGCCGUCUGGCAAAUUACACCAAUCUGACGCAGGGGGCCAAAGAGCACGAGGAGGCCGAGAGCAUUGGCGAGAAGAAGAAACCCAGCAAGUCUCCUCAGAUGGGAACCUUCAUGGGUGUCUAUCUGCCCUGCCUGCAAAACAUUUUUGGGGUCAUCUUGUUCCUGCGGCUGACCUGGGUGGUGGGAACGGCCGGUGUGCUGCAGGCGCUCUGCAUCGUCUUCGUCUGCUGCUGCUGCACGAUGCUGACCGCCAUCUCCAUGAGCGCCAUAGCAACCAACGGAGUCGUUCCAGCCGGGGGUUCCUACUUCAUGAUCAGCCGCUCUCUGGGUCCAGAGUUUGGGGGCGCUGUGGGGCUGUGCUUUUACCUGGGCACCACCUUCGCUGGAUCCAUGUACAUCCUGGGAGCCAUUGAGAUCCUGCUGUUGUACAUUGUGCCUAAGGCGGCCGUCUUUCACGGCGACGGGGGAGCCAUGCUGAACAACAUGCGUUUGUACGGCAGCAUCUGCCUCCUCCUCAUGUCCCUGCUGGUCUUUGUGGGUGUCAAAUAUGUGAACAAGCUGGCGUCAGUCUUCCUGGCGUGCGUCAUCAUUUCCAUCAUCUCCAUUUAUGUUGGAGCGCUGGUCUCAGCCUUUAAGGAGCCACAUUUCCCAGUGUGCAUGUUGGGGAACAGGACCAUCAACGGCCACUAUGUUGCAGACCACCACUGUGAGAAGAUCAUCUCAGAACUGCACAGAGAAGAAGUAGAGAGACCUGAAGGCAACUUUAGCCUCGGCUUCGAAAACAGCACAGUGGAGCCGGCCUCGCCCCCCACCCGUGAACCUGCAGCCGAGAACCAGACCACAGAUCUCUGGGGGCAUUUCUGUCAAAGCCGGGAUCUGAACGCAACCUGUGAUGAGUACUUCACCAACAACCAAUUCUCCCAGAUUCAGGGCAUCCCAGGGCUGGCAAGCGGGAUAAUUACAGAGAACCUGUGGAGCUCCUACCUCACCAAGGGAGCUGUGGUGGAGAAGAGCUCCCUGUCCUCCGUUCAGGCCUCUCAUCCUGCUUCCAUUCAGCUCCCGUAUGUCUUCGUGGACAUCACCACCUCCUUCACACUUCUAGUGGGAAUCUUCUUCCCGUCUGUCACAGGAAUCAUGGCUGGCUCCAAUCGCUCCGGGGAUCUGAAGGAUGCUCAGCGCUCAAUUCCCAUCGGAACCAUCUUUGCCAUCCUCACCACGUCCAUCGUCUAUUUGAGCAGCGUGGUUCUGUUCGGCGCCUGCAUCGACGGCGUGGUCCUCAGAGACAAGUUUGGAGACUCUGUGGGGGGGGAGCUGGUGGUGGGGACUCUGGCAUGGCCCACUCCCUGGGUCAUUGUGAUUGGCUCCUUCUUCUCGACAUGCGGCGCUGGCCUGCAGUCUCUGACCGGCGCUCCCAGACUUUUGCAGGCCAUCGCCAAGGACAACAUCAUCCCUUUCCUCAGGGUGUUCGGUCACAGCAAACCGAACGGCGAGCCCACUUGGGCGCUGCUCCUCACCGCGCUGAUAGCAGAGCUGGGGAUCCUCAUUGCCUCUCUGGACAUGGUUGCCCCCAUCCUUACUAUGUUCUUCCUGAUGUGUUACCUGUUUGUGAACCUGGCCUGUGCUCUCCAGACACUUCUCAGGACACCCAACUGGAGGCCCCGCUUCUCCUACUACCACUGGACGUUGUCGUUUUUGGGGAUGACUAUCUGCCUUGCUCUCAUGUUCAUAUCUUCCUGGUAUUAUGCCAUUGUUGCCAUGGUGAUUGCUGGGAUGAUCUACAAAUACAUUGAGUAUCACGGGGCUGAGAAGGAGUGGGGGGAUGGGAUUCGUGGCCUGUCUCUCAGUGCUGCCCGGUACGCCCUCCUGAGGCUGGAAGAGGGUCCGCCCCACACCAAAAACUGGAGGCCUCAGCUGUUGGUGCUGCUGAAGCUGGACGAGGACGCCCACGUCAAGUCUCCACAGCUGCUGACAUUCGCUAGCCAGCUAAAGGCUGGGAAGGGCCUUACCAUUGUCGGGACCGUGGUUUCUGGAAACUUCCUGCAGAGCUUUGGGGAGUCUCUCGCAGCAGAGCAGACUCUAAGGCACUUGAUGGAAAAGGAGCGUGUAAAGGGUUUUUGUCAGUGCAUUGUGGCGCAGAAGCCCCGAGAGGGCAUCAGCCACAUGAUUCAGUCCAGCGGAUUGGGGGGGAUGAAACCCAACACGGUGGUGAUGGGCUGGCCUCAAGCCUGGAGGCAAAGUGAAGACCCACAGUCCUGGAAGACCUUUAUCAACACAGUGCGGGUGACGACGGCCGCCCACCUGGCCCUGCUGGUCCCCAAAAACAUCUCCCUGUUCCCCACCAACAGCGAACCCUGCACAGAGGGCUACAUCGACGUGUGGUGGAUUGUGCAUGAUGGGGGGAUGCUGAUGCUACUGCCUUUCCUUUUACGUCAACACAAAGUGUGGAGGAAGUGUGGGAUGAGAAUCUUCACUGUGGCCCAGAUGGAGGACAACUCCAUCCAGAUGAAGAAGGACCUGGCAACCUUCCUUUAUCACCUGCGCAUUGAGGCAGAGGUAGAGGUGGUGGAAAUGCAUGACAGCGACAUCAGUGCCUACACCUACGAAAGGACGUUGAUGAUGGAGCAGAGGUCCCAGAUGCUCAGACAGAUGCGGCUCUCCAAGUCGGAUCGGGAGCGGGAGAGGGUGCGCUGGAGUUUUGAUGACGCUCAGCUGGUCAAAGAUCGGAACUCGAUGCUCCGCCUCACUAGCAUCGGCUCAGAUGACGACGAUGACACAGAUGUCGCGGAACGAUUGGGGAGCGGUGGCAGCUCAGAGCACAACCGCCGCGUUCAGAUGACCUGGACCAAAGACAAGGCCGCGCAGUACAGAGCCACACACUCGGGCUGCUCCACACCCGAAGGCUUCAGAGACAUGCUGAGCAUCAGACCGGACCAUUCCAACGUCAGGCGCAUGCACACGGCCGUCAAACUUAACGAAGUCAUCGUCAACAAAUCCCAUGAUGCUCGGCUGGUCCUGCUCAACAUGCCAGGACCCCCCAGGAACACAGAGGGAGACGAGAACUACAUGGAGUUUCUGGAGGUUCUAACUGAAGGUCUGGAGCGGGUCCUGCUGGUCAGGGGAGGAGGAAGUGAGGUCAUCACCAUCUACUCCUGAUUGGACACCCAGGAAGCCUGCACUGGCAGGGGUGGGGUGACGUUUUCCUUCAUCCUAACGGUGCCUGAAGGAGCCACUGUGACAGUAAGGUCAGCGGUUCGAGACCUGGGCUGCUGGCUGCAUACAGAUGUUGGAACAUGUCGGAGCGUUUCAGUUGCUGGAGCCUGACUGGACCUUUACAUAAUCGUGGAAGCGUUUUUUUCCGGAGCCGCUCCUGCUUUUCCUCUCCUUACAUUUGCACCAGCAGUCUCUGUCUCACCCGGACACCUCCCGGCUCCUGUUUGUCAUGGAAGCCCGACACUUUGUGGAGAGGACUGUUCAUUUCUUCAUGAUUCCCUUUUGUUAUGUUCAAAAUGUUGUUAUUGUUUUUAUUUGAAGCUUAAAACUGUUACCAGACUAAAAACAUAGAUUUAUAAAGUCUGACAGCAGCCUCAUGUGUAAAGAGUUCCAUUUGAAACUCAAAGUAAUCUGAUUACUGGGUUCUUUUCCGUCUGAUAUGUUCUACUUCUGACGUCAUGUUAAUGUUUCUGUCUUAUUUUUGAUGAUAAAGUCCAUCAGAAGCAGAUUUCUGCUCCCUGGGCCGAGCAGGAGCUUUGAGGCUGUGGUAGAAUCUGCCUCAGGGAGUCCUGGAACAUGCACGUGUGUAAAUGUCCCUGUCCAGCCGGCUUUUUAUUAGACAUUCCAGCUCAGAGAAUGGACUGAAUUGGCUUAGUGCACACCUUGUCUCCAUUUGCAUAUGUGUGUGUGCACGAGCUAAGACAUGUCAUGGAGCAUCUAUGUUCUAGUUUGAUGUUUUUUAAGAGUUCUGCAGGUUUUGGUUCCUGUCUUUGCUUCCUAAAAUUCAUGUUUUUUUUUGCUGAUACAUAAUGAGUUUGAUCUUUUUUAUGUCAUUAUUACAAAAAUGAACCAUAAAAUCUUUGCUUAAAAAAUGGGAAUUAAAAAGUUCUUUAAAAUGAUGAUGAGCUG